AUGCUUGUCAUUGAAGGAACGAAUGGCCCACUCUUUAGCGUAGCUAAGUCGGCGGCCGCCAUCGCGUACUUGUCGACGCACUACCCUCAGUGCAAAAAGCGCGGCUCUGGGUGGCAGCUGAGCGUCGAAGAAGUCAGCCUGCUUCAAUCCCAGCUGCGGCGGACCGACGGCGUGCAUUUUGCGUCUGCGGACACAAAGGAGCAGUUUGAGGUACUCCGCAAGAGAUACGCACGAGACUGUGUCGUGUACGCCGCUCUCACCAUAGACCACGGCUACAGGCUCCGCCAUGGAAGCCAGUUUGGCGCCAACUACAUCGGCUACCAGGAUGUGGGGACGCACGGCGAGUGCCUGUUGUUCACUGGGCCGCUCGCUGAGCUUGAACAAGUGCGGGCCGUGCGCAUCGCGCGAAGUGUGGGGAAGCGGGCGAUGUUGGUGACCCUGCAAGAGGGCGACAGCGGCUGCUCACCCACCGUUACUGUGACGGACCUCAUGGCUGAUUCUUUCACCGACCUCCGACGUCCGCACAAGUCAUGCCGAAACGAGUAG